CAAGUGUCAGCCAGUAAACAAGUUUGUUUAUUAUCUAUGGAUCUGUGAUUGUUACAGUGAUUCGUUUUCAUUUUAUUUUAUCAUUUUGUUAUGCAGUGAUUGAAUUACAAAGAAUCAUGUUGCACCAAUGGCUCAUCAUCACAUUCUCAUGGCUCGGUACUGUGCGACCGCAGUACAUCAACAGCGGCGCGUCUAACGGCUACACCCUGACCUCCGUCGACUCCAACAUACAGUACCCCAUACCGUACUACUUCAACCUGCCCUCCUCGAGGAACGACUAUGAAACCGUUCAGAACAUUCCUCCAAAUAUCCCCAUAAGUCCGUACGAAAAUAACCAACCUGACCUCCCAAGAAAACGUCGGGCUCCAAAGGAACAAGAAGAAAUCCGGGAGAAACGAUGGCUGUCCAACAUGGUAGACAUGGACCAAACCUUGUAUGGUCAGGAGGAACAGCUCGGGAAUCCUGGCAUGAAUAGCAUCGAAGGAGCCCUCGAUGAGAAUGGCACCAACCUGCUGAAUGUCAAGGAUAAGAAAUACUUCAGUCCGUGGGGAGGCAAGCGAGAUAAAGCUAGUAUCGAGCACAUGUGGACUUGGAAACGAGCCAGUAACAUCCGAGAGCCGAGCAUGCCUAAACGUGUUCGCUUCAGCCCCUGGGGAGGAAAGCGGAGCGGCCAGAUGAUCUACAAGCCCGGCUCCAAGAGUUCCAAAAUAAUCUUCUCCACAACCAUACCUGAAUUAACGAGAAUAGUCUCCAACUACUCUCCAAAUGGAAAUGAACGAUUCAACUUCGCUGGGUUCCAAUUCAUCCCGACACUGGACAAGCGGCACCCUAUCAAGAUCUUGGCUCUGAGCACAAAGACUGACGAGAGGACGCUGCGGGAAGCUAUGCCCUUCAAGAGCUUUCUAGAGUCUCUGCCUAAAAUAUUCAAACCUGGACAUCCGUAUUUGGAUGUUAACCUGAAGAAGGAUGGCAAGAGGAAGGUGAAAUUCAGCGCGUGGGGAGGCAAGCGGUCACCGCCUAUCAUCGGCCCCAUCUGGACGCCCGCGCCACAGAACCUCAAGGAAUCGACGUUAGACACGAUACUCCUAAUAAGGAACAGCCAGGAUAAAGAUGACUCGACAUUAAAGGCUUUGUAAUGUGGAUCCGAUGUUUUGCUCCCGAACUUUGUAUUUGUUGAAGGUCUAAUAUAGAUAUAGUUCCGUUAUAGUUAUGUUAGUGCCAUAUUUGUAACUGAUAUUAGAAAAAUGUAAAAAAAAUCGUAAAGUUCGGGGGUCCCGCGUCCUUGACGAUAGGCUGGGCUCGUCAGCGACGCAGUACUGAUGUAACUAAUGUUAAGACUUUGUUAUUCUUAUUUACUGCAUCUUGUUAGUGAAUAUAUAAAGUAUUAAGUUA